AUGCGUCGUAGCAACCUCAGUUCGCGGGCGUCCUUUCUCUCGUUAGGGUGCCGCCCCACGCCGGUGCUUUUCUGCUCCUCCUUCUUCCUCAGCAGCCUCUCGAGGCACGGUGGGAUCUACCAGGAGGCUGUAGGUCGUUCAGCUCACCUCCGUGGAGGGUUUGGCGGGCGGGCGCUCUUACAUUCGGUGGCCUCCCUUCGAUGCUACGGCGCCUCCACACCGCAAGCGUCGUCGUCUAAUUUUGCGGAUCCUUCGAACGGGGAAAAUGCGGCCUCGGUCGCCUCCAGCACCCCUGCCGGCGACGACGGCGCGCUCGCGCAUAUCACGCACAACCUCAUCUGGGGGCUGUGGAAUGAGGGCAACCUCUUCUCCCUUUCGGUGCCGGAGCUGCGCUACUUCCUCACGACGCACUGCCAGGUCGAAGGGGUGGAUCCGCAGUCGAAGAAGAGCGCGUUGGUGAGGCAGGUGGAGGAGAUUCUCGCGGCCGAGCAGGCGUCGAAUAUCGCCGUGCAACAGGAAGACGUGCAGAGCGACGGAACGGUGGUGACGAUCGCCGAUUACGACAAGGGCGAGGAGGCGCUCGACGAGGCCGACGAGUACGGCGAUUGGGGCGCCGAACCGGGGUUUGAGCAGCGUCGGCAUGCCGACUACGUCGAGGUCGCGCCGACGAAGCUCGGCCCCGCCUACGACCCACUCGUUCCGCGAUCCUUUCAGCUCCUCCACAGCCAAGUCUCCAGCGACGUCCAGCUCCACCACAUCGACCCCUCCAAGCUCCCUGGCCAGAGCAAAAAUAACGCCGCGCUGACGGUGCGCCGCGUGGAGGUCGACGAGUCGAACAGGCAGCGCUUUCGCAAGGUCUUCGAGUGGUGUUUGGCGAACAUCUGGAACAUGAACGUGAGUGGGGAGCUGAACAUCGGAGCCGGCAAGGUCCUUUACUACCGCCAGGUCGCGAAGCAAAACCGGAACGUCCUCCCGAUCUGGACGUUGCAGCGGCACCUUUACACCCAUCACCCGUAUGUUUGGUUCGCCGUGGCGAGUGAGUCGAACACCGCGGCGAUGGAGGCGUUGGCGACGACGCUUGGCCUGGAGCUCGCGCAGGACACGACGUGUAGCUACAAGACGAUCAUCCGGCGGAACGGGGAGCUCCUCGACGCCGAGCUCAACGCGCAGCUGCAGUGUGUGAAGUUCAACCGGCCGUGGGACCGGCUGCUGGUGACGCACUACGUGCGGGGCCGGAUGCCGGACCUUCGGCUUCUCGUCCGGGUCCGACACCCGAUCCGACGUCGGGUCGUGGAGACGUACUUGGAGACGGACAUCCUCCGGGCCACGCGGGACACCGUCCAUUCCGUCCUCAGCCCGGAACUCGGCGACGUCGUCUACUGCUGUGAGCGGCAGAUCCGGAAGUGGGAGCGGCGGACCCGGUGUGGGGUGCUGCUGCAGCUCGUCGAGACGCGGCGGACCCCGCUCAUCAUCACCCGGGUCGGGGAUGAAGGGAUGCGGUUGGAGUAUGAGUGGGUCGUGCAGCUCCCACAGCGCGCGGAGAAGGUCGACGUCGCGGCCCUCAGUGAUGAGUUGUGGGAUUACGGGAAUACGAUGGCGAGGGCGCUGGAGGAGGGGAUGGAGGACCUCAUGGCGCAUGCUAUGCCCACAGCGGCUUCAUUUUUUCAAUAG